UUUUCUGUUAGCUAGCAGCCCACUGUAAUGAAUAUUUAUAAUUAGGGUGGAUAAAUACCCUGUGCAAAGCCCCCCGAGCUGCAGGAGCAGGAGAGAUCCGCUGUGAGUCCGAGCUGAUAAAGAAUUCCGGCUCUCUGGCACCUCCAGCUGUGCCAGGGAGUUCACUCCGGCCCAUUUCGUGUCCCCUCUGUGUCCCCCAGUGUCCACACUGGUUCCUGUGGUCUCUCCCCUCCAUGGCUCUCCUGGCUCUCACCCUGGCUCUGCUGCCAAUGACCGUGGCCACCACGGCCAUAACGUUGAAGCCCCUGGACAUGGCCCCAAACUCCUUCGAUGACCAGUACCGGGGCUGUGGCUCUGCCAUGAUGGAGAAGUUGCCAGCCCUGAACUACUCUGAGUUCCAGAAAAAUCCUCUCUUCGCCAAGGGCUGGCCAAAGGCCGUGCACUUGUGGAGACUUAAGGGAUACCCUCAGUACCCUCUGUCGUCCUCAGCCCAGGCCAUCGCCCUCAUGGCCUACACCAUGGAUGACCUGUAUGAGCAAUUCAAUAAUAACGUGAGCGUGGCCGGGCGCUCCCCCCAGGCAUACCGGGACAGCUUCCACUUCAAAACUCUGCAUUUCCUGCUGACCGACGCCCUGGCCACGCUGAGGGAUGCUCAGGGGCAGCAAUGUCACUGUGUGUACCGGGGGGUGGACAAGUACAAGUUCGAGGCAAAUGUUGGCGACACUGUCCGGUUGGGUCGAUUCACGUCAACGUCGGUUUGCAAAGGUGUCGCCCAAAGAUUCGGGAGCACCACGGCGUUCGUGGUGAGGACGUGUUACGGCCCAAAGAUCAAGGCGUUCUCCAAAUAUCCCUCUGAGGAGGAGGUGCUGAUCCCACCCUUCGAGAAGUUCAAGGUCACCAAAGGUGAACAGGGGAACCGGGAACGUGCGGAUCCACCUCAACUCCAUCGGGACUGAGAGCAAUUACAACUGCGAGUGGGUGAAUGG